CGACUCCCCUCUCUUCUUUCCAAGCAGCUGUUUCCUCUUCGACUUUUCAACUUACGCCCUUUUUGUUUUUGUUUUUGUUUUUUUUGCACCAACGAUGAAGUUCACGACGAUCCUCUCUGCGCUCGCCCUCGGCGCAUUCUCUCAGCUCGCCAGCGCUGCCCCCGCGCCUGCUGCGCACCAGGCCCGCGACGUCUGGGACCCGCUUAUGACGUACCCGACUGCCGAGACGGUCUGGCAGUCCGGCCAGACCUACACCGUCACCUGGGAAACUGAGGACGCGCCUGUGAACAUCACGAACGGUGACGGCGGCUUCAUCAUCCUCCGCUCCGGCGAUGAGGAGACGUCUGUCCUCCUCGCGUGGGACAUCCACCUUCGCGACGGACAGGCCCAGGUGACUGCGCCCAACGUCAUCACCGGCAACUUCAGCCUGGUUUUGUUCGGGGACUCGGGCAACUGGGGCCCAAACUUCCUGAUUAACGGCCCGGUCACGUUCUGAACGCACAUUCAACGAUCUAACUGAAUGACUGGCAUGAACGGACACGUUACGGACUUCCCAACGGACUUACACGAACACUUUGUUUGUACUGCAUCGCAUCCUAUACGUACAUCAGUAAUGCCGCAUUGUACCACACAUCGCCAUCUGCACCCUCCUGCAUGGACCUGCGCUUGUUUGUAUGACGAAAUCGUAUAAUACUUGAUUGUUGUGUAGUUGCUACAAUUGAGAAACAUUUUUUGCCAUUC